AUGAAGUACGUUCAGCUUACAAUCGAGCUCAUCACCAAGGCCUUUGAGACAUUCUCCUCUAAGAAGGGAGUGGAGUUUAACAAGAAAGAUGCAAAUAAGAUCUUUAAGGCGCUCGAUGAGGAUGAGGAAGUAGAGAGAUACUACUUUUGUGGUGCAAAGUGCACCAAGUCCAAGCGCAAAUGCAUGAAGGAAGUUGACGAUGAAGGCAUGCAUUGUUAUGUCCACGAUCCUGCGCGCAAGUGUCAAGGCACAACUAUUAAGGGUGCUAAUUGUGGUAGUGUAGCCAAACUUGGUCAAACAUACUGUGGACGUCAUCAAGAUCAAGAUAGAGGUUAUAUAAAACGUAGUAACAACAACGCACCUGUCGACAAGCGUACUAAGUCUUCCAAGGCUUUAAAGAAGACACAUACUUCUAAGUUUGUGUCUUCCGAUGACGAUAUGACUUCCGAGGAUGAAGAACCAAAGAAGCGAAAGAGAAACAAGCAGGAGUCAUCGGAUGAAGAGCCGUCCGAUGAUGAUGAUGAAGAAGAUAUAAUUGCCGUCUCCUUUCCGUUGAGUCCAAAGUACAUUAUUAGGCUAAAGGAAAAGAAUCUCUACAUUGCAUUGUGUCCACCUAAGCUCAUGGGCAAGAAUCUCCCUGCGCCAGAAAUAUCUGAGAAAGAGGCACGCAUAUUGGCCAAGAUGGGUCUUCAAGAGGCAACUUCAGCAGAUGUAGAAAAAAUAGAAGAGUCUUCUGCUGAUGAGAAUUCUGACGAUGAUACAGAUGAUGGUGAUACGUCUGAUAAUGCUGACUCUGACGAUGAUUCCUCUAAAGAUAAAGACUCUGAUGAUGGCAAGUCCAAUAACAGACCUGAUGUAGAAUCUGGAGAUGAUACCUCUAAGGAUAACCCUGAUGAAAAACUAUCUCAUAAAAAGCCAUCUAAGGAUGAUGAGAAGAAGACUUCUCGAAAGAAAAGGCAUUCAGAGAUGCCCAAAAAUGCAGAGCCAUCUUCUAAUGUAGAUGUUUCUAAGGAUGAAAAAGAUGAACACACAUUUGCACUGGCCACAACGGUGCGUAACAUUAGAUCAGAGAAAGACAUACCACUUGCAAAGGAUGGAGGAUGGAUGGUUCAUCCUAAUAACGACAUGCUUGAGUAUGCAACUAACUUUACGAUGAAGGCUAAGUACAUUGUCAAGCUAUGUGGAAAGAAUACAUACGUUGGCCUGUUUACGCUUGAUCAUCUGCGUGGCGGUGGUGAUGUUCCAGAGAUGGAUAUCUUGGAACGCUCCAUGCUUAGCAAGAUGAAACUUCAAGAAAUGUCUGAUGAAGAGAGAAAGAUGCUUUUCAACGAGGAGGUCGAAGUAGAAGAGGAACUACCACACAUUCUCAAGAUCCGCAAGCAAAACAUUGUAGUUGGUUUGGUGACUGAUGACCACAUUGGUGCAGAGAAUGUCGACUAUGAUAAUCUUAACCAAAAGGAAAAAGAAAAGAUCUUUGCUAUGGGCUUUAAGCCACAAUGUUCGCAAAAGAAGGAUCUCACAACAGAAAAACCAUAG